UGCAGAAGUUCUGCGGGAAGGCGGCUUCCCAGGGCGGUGUGCUGGGGACCCACCCACGCAGCACCGCGGGAAGGGGGCUCUGCGCGCUCAACUCGGUCCCGGGGACUGCUCCGCCGCCUCCACCCGCCGGCCUCCCGCAGCCCGGUCAGCGCCAUGAGGACCAAGCAGGUGAACUUGCUGAUCACCCUGGUCGCCGUCGCGCUUUUCAGCUUCUCUUGUUUCUGCAUCUACAGGAUAACUCAAACCAAUAAUCGAUUAAUUAAUUGUAGAAACCAUAUUUUGGAGUUUAAAGAAAAUAUGCUACACUUAAGAAACAAAACUGAAAAAAAUAGCCAAGAGAUGAUGAAAGUUUUGAAUCGAAUAAAGUAUGAAAUUACAAAGCGAGAAAAUUUGUCAGGAAACUUAGUUGCACAGAAAGCAGACAUAUUGAAUAAAAAUGAAACAGUAUCUAAUACAUUUGAAGACUUAAAGUUCUUUUUUCCUCAUAUAAGGAAAGAAGGCAGAAUUUAUCCUGAUGUAAUCAUUGGCAAAGGGAAAACUGGUGUUUCUUUUGCGCUGGGUAUUUCCACUGUUAAUAGAGGAAAUUAUAGUUACCUGAAACAGACACUGACCUCUGUUGUCUCCAGGAUGACGCUCUCCGAAGAGAAGGAUUCUGUAGUGAUUGUCUCGGUCGCAGAUAGUAAUGAAGAUUAUUUACAUUCUGUUGUUAAAAUGAUUACAAGAAAAUUCAAAAGGCAAGUGAGGUCUGGAUCCUUAGAGGUCAUUUCAAUACCUGCCUUUUUAUACUCAAGUAUGUUAAAUGCCAAGCACUUAGCUGAGGCCUCACAAAAAUUAGCCAGUUGGCGAAUCAAGCAAGUAUUGGAUUUUUGCAUUUUGAUGUUGUAUGCCCAACCCAAGGCCAAGUAUUAUUUACAGCUAGAAGAUGAUAUCAUAGCUAAAGAGAUGUACUUUACAAAAAUAACAGAUUUUGUAGGUAACAUCAGUUCAAAUAAUUGGUUUUUUAUUGAGUUUUCAAUGCUUGGAUUCAUAGGAAAGCUGUUUAGAUCUGAGGACUUAACUCACUUUGUACGGUUUUUUUUAAUGUUCUACAAAGAGAAACCCAUAGACUGGCUCCUGAAUGACAUUUUUCAGGUAAAGGUGUGUGACACAGGAGAAGAUCUUGGAAACUGUAUAAAAAGAAAGAAGCAAAUACGUAUUCGGUAUAAACCUUCUCUUUUCCAGCAUGUGGGUAUACAUUCGUCAUUCCCUGGAAAAGAACGAUAUGAAAAAAAAAUAUGAAGAUAAAGAAGCAUAAGAAGAAACUCCAUAGUACCUGGAACCUCAGAUUACCUUGAUUUCUAAUGGC